UAUAACCUAGAAGUAGAAGACACGCUAGUGCAGUGAAUAAGCAUUUUAGAUCAUUCGUCGUAGUUUUAAGACGUCACUAUAUACCUAAAGGUUUACUUCCAAAGAAAAGUAUUUUUGACUGUACGGCGUACACAAACCGAAAAGUUUACUUUAUGCGACAGAAACAAUGAUGAAGAUCUUUCUGGAGGGCGUGGAAAAGUUUGUUGUUAUCACGUGAUAGACCUCUAAUGUUUGAUAAACUAUUUCUUUCUUAAGCUCCAGUUCUUUGGUUUCGACGUUCAAAGGAUAUUCACAAAUAAUGCCUCAACCUAAAUACAGAAAGAUUGCUGUAUUAGGGUAUCGUUCUGUUGGAAAAUCCUCCCUCACGAUACAGUUUGUAGAAGGACAAUUUGUAGAUUCCUAUGACCCUACUAUUGAAAACACUUUUAAUAAAAUGGUGUCUGUGAAUGGCCAGGAUUUCAAUCUCCAGUUGGUUGACACAGCUGGACAGGAUGAGUAUUCCAUUUUCCCCCAGUCUCAUUCUAUGGAUAUUCAUGGUUACGUUCUGGUGUAUUCUGUCACUUCAAUGAAAAGUUUUGAAGUUGUGCAGGUUCUACAUGACAAGCUUCUUGAUAUGGUUGGAAAGAUACAGGUACCUACUGUUCUAGUUGGAAACAAAAAAGACCUUCACAUGGAAAGAGUGAUUAAACCAGAAGAGGGCAAGAAGCUUGCUGAUUCUUGGGGUGCCGCUUUUAUGGAGUCAUCUGCUAAGGAAAAUCAGACAGCUGUAGAGGUUUUCAAGAGGAUUAUUCUGGAAAUGGAAAAAGUUGAUGGAAAUGCCCCAUCAGAGGAGAAGAAGUGUGCUGUGAUGUAAGGCAUGCAGUAAACUCACAUGCUGAAGUUAAGAGACACAUCACCAUGCCAUUAAUUAUAAUGGAGCAGUUCAGUAACAGGUCCUCUCCUGAUGAAUUAUUUCCAAAUGCAGUCAAGAUUUUAAGCAAAUCAGUACUGUUCAAAACCAAUGUCAACAAACUUUCUUUCAAUAUUUAGUAUUGGGAAUUCAAUAUUAAUGCUAUAUGAGGCUAAAAUUACUGUAAAAGUACUGUAAAAAUUACUGUUUAUUUAAAAUCUCCCAUCUCUUUUACUUUAAGCUUUGUUGACUGACAUUUAAUGUUUAAUCUGACAGGUACUAACCUGUCUGCAAUCUACGGUCUCAGAUUAUCUCAGCAGUGCACAGUUGCUCUUAUUUGAAAUUUGUUUUUCUUUUUUUGCUCUCCCUCUGACAACUAUUUACUAAUUUUACUUAUCUUGAGUAAUCAGCAGAAUUAAAAUGUGUAUCAGUAGUCCAUUUAAAUUUAGUUUUUACAGAGACUGUCAUUGAGACUGCACAUAUUAACAACUCAGUGCUGUGCUCCUCCUUUCCUCUUCCUAGUGGAGUAUGUGAACAGUGUGGGUGUGUAUAUAUAAGAUGAUGUAAACAACAUCCUAAAAGAUCCACUGUUCACACUGUUGGUUUUAUACACAAUCAAGUGACUACAAGAACUGUAUUCUUUCUAAACCUUCAGUAUAAAGUAAAUAUGAGAUCUUUAAAACUUUGUUAGAAUUCUAUUUGUGAGAUUUAGCUUCUUUUUUUUUUUCAUUUGUUGGAAGUGUUUUGCUUUUGAUUCAGCUUGGUUACCUGUAACGAUGCCCUACACCCAUUUUAGUCAUGCCACUGUCAGCAUACACUAUCUUUACGUGGCAUAUAAAAGUGUGUGUGAGAAAAAUACACCGUUUUAGUAUGUUGCUGAACUUCAUACAGACCAUUUGCCGUUUGUGAGGGCAUAGUCUAAUAUUUACAUAGUUACCAAGGACCAGUCAAUUUAUGAUCAACAGUUUCCCCCUGUGGAGUCGUAUAAACGUAAUCUUCAUUUAAAAGCAGGGUCACAAACAAUACCUCUGUAGAGCCGUUACGACUGAUAAUACACCGGCUACCAAAAAAAUUUUUUUCCAAUGCAGUUGUAGUAUCCUCCCUGCUUCCUAUUUAGUAACCCCUUAGUGAUAUUAAA